AUGGCCUCUCUACGCUCGAUCGGGGUCCACAAGCCCGCCGCUCUGCAGUACCUGGUUCAAGAAUCCAUCCUGAACGACUAUAGCACCGAGCGCGACUAUGUCUGGAACACAUACACCGACGAGAGCCCCGAUGGCGCUACCGACGAGCUCGUCACCACCGAAUAUCAUGUUGUCUGGUCGCGAGGAGGUGUCAUACGGAAGGUCUUCAAUUUCGAGGUGGAAAAAGAGAGCGUCGUACAGGCACUCUUGACAUGGUUUGUCGUUGAAGAGCCCUCGCAUGGUACUUUUGAAGCUCUAGGAGGCGCCGCAGAAUACAGUGGGAACGAUCAGUCCAAGAGCUUUCUUACCCAGGGCACACAACCUGCCACGGAUCCAAAUGCUCCUGUCGACACUACCCCUCCAACCGUUGAGGUUCGCUCCCGCGCUUUGGUCGUCUUCCUCAAGUCGCAAGCGCACGUCUUCUUUCUCUCGGGCACCACCCACAUCGUCAACCUCCCUUUCGAGGUCGAUAAAGCCUUUCCUGCAGCACGAGGCGUUGUGGUGCAAAGAAAGAUAGCCCUUCUGCGCCCUGUUCCCCCCAGCCCACAGAUGCCUUCAGUCCCCCCAAACUCUUUCCUUACUAACAACCAAUCCUUCAUUUCCCAGACGUUCUCUCAGAGCUUCUCCCAGCCUUCUGUUCGCAAACGGUCCUCACUUGGUCCAUCGCGACAUAGCAAACCCCGCCAUUCUGGUUCAGCCAUGUUCCUAGACGACCUGAUCAGUCCUUCUGCGGCAUCAAAUCCGGAAGCAAUCCCCAGACUCUACUCAUUCACAGAUCCGCUAUCCGAGCUCGGACUUGUGGUUAACGUAAUCGUGGGUGGCGAGCGAGGCAGCUUCCUGACAACGCACGGUUCCGGUCAUCGAAGAUUAGAAGCCAUUGACAAGGCUGAAGAGAUCUUAUACGUCUCGCCGCAAAAUGAGAUCCAUUUUGAUCGCAGUGGAAAUGACAAACCUCUUUUACUAGUCGUCACUGCUAAUCAUGAGACGAAUGUAUUUACCAUCUGGUCUGCUGCGUACCUCGAGCCAAAAUCGAUAUCAGCUUCUCGAAAACACCACGUCCCCCUGCCAAUCAGCAAGCCGCGGCGGCGCAGCUCAUAUGGUGCAACUGCCCCAGGGACGGGAGCAACAACACCUGCCAUACGUGGGAGUGACAGAAUGCGAGAAAGCUUCGGCGGGGCUGCACGCAGCAAGACCCAACCUCCAUCAUUCAAAGGAACCUCACAGACCAAAGAACGUCUUUCAGAUCAAGCGGUAGAGGAUGCGCUUGCCUCCCAACUCAACCCCGACUCUGACAUAGUACGGCAGCCGAAGGAGUCGAGACGCGUGAGCUCACUACUCUCACGCGCCGAGCUCACAACGAGCUUCGACAAAUCUGCGUUCCAGGAUCUGGCAACAAACCGCACUAGUCUCGGGGGUAGCUUCUCAGCAAGCUUCGGUGCCAGUCAACGCAGUCGACACUCGUUGGGCCAAGAUCGAACUAGCUUUGGUGGAUUUUCACAAUCGCGCCACCGAGCGUCCACACCCGGUAGCGUUACAUCUCGAAUGAGUUUGGGAGGGGCAUCAAUAGAUGACACCUUAGAAGACGUUAUGGAUGAUGAUACGUUUGACACGAUAGAAGAUUACGAUGAACUUGACGAUCUUUUCGCGCCACUUGACACUAAAGCCGAGUCGCAGCCCGGUGAUGGGCUUCAUAAGGAACUGGUCAUGAGUGUGAUCGCCGAGAUACCAGUCACUCAAUACUUGAAAAGCGGACUUUUCGCUUUGACUAAUCCCUCAGACCCCCAGAACGAGAAUCAACCCAGAGUAUUUACGCUCAAUGCGCCCUUCAAUUCGGCUACGCUCCACGAGCGGAAACUCUACAUGUAUAUCUCACACCCGGCCCUACAGAAUCCCCUCGAGUGCGAUUUGGCCAUCACACGGAAACGGCUAUCACCAUCAGCAUCCGCGACUCGAUCUAGGUCAAGCAGCGCCGCCCCUCGCUAUGCGUGUGUGCCUAAAUUUGUAGGCACUCGGCAGCUCGAGGACACGUUAGACUUGAUCAAGCUUCGUGACGGGCAUGUCGAGCGUGUAGCUCUUCUCACCUCGACGAACCCUCGCGAGCCCUGCUUGUCAUUGACUGCAGGUUGGGGUAGUCACCUACCAACAAAGUUCAGCUUGGGUCCAAUGAAGCUAUUCAACCCAUAUGCCAUCCUUCAACUCGACCAGGUCAGGGUUACUGCCGGAUCCAAACGAACAAUUAUUGCAAGUCGGCCGCUGCGGCGAAUAUUGUCGCUUGGAACAAGUGGGAGACUUGAAUUGAUCGAUGGCGAAUUUCGUAGACAUCGUAUGGAACUCCGCUUAUCGCCGCCCGAUACAUAUGUGGCCGAGCUUUUCCGAGUGCUGUCUACGGUUCUACCGAAUUACGCAGGGGACUUUCUCCUGGAGAUUUGGUGGAAUAUUCGCAAAUCACUGUCAGCCGAGAGAAUCGAACAAACAAAUCCGGAUUGGACCGCCUUUGUAGCAACUUUGUUCACACUUGCAGUGCCUUUCGUAGAUGAAAAGACACGGAAAGCGACCAACCGCGUGAAGUCUAGCCAGCGACGAAGCUCGGGGCGUCCCUCAAGUCAAGCAAAGCCUGACGAGAUUAUUGAUGAUGAAGACUCGGCGUGGCGUUUGAUGUGUAGCCGCCAGACCUCAAGAACGCAUGCAAAAAGUUGGGAGUCGAUACCCUGGGCUUGGACCUUGCAUUCGAGUCCAACAUCUUCUACAUUGAGCCCCUCUGCGAAACGCUCGUCAACAAAGCAGCAAUGGCCAACCAUAGCGCAGCAGGUCAAGGUCAAGGAGGAUAGAAUCCUCGAUUGUAUUGAGAUUGCUCGGCAGUAUGCUCAGUCGCCUAUCGGCAAGGCGACGAACGAUCACUGGCGGCGGUUAUCCCCCUCCGAAAAGCAAGACCUGCGAAUCUCGUCACUUUCCGAAAUUGUCGUCUCUCUCCAUCUAUUCCGCGAAGAACGUAAGCUAGACACUCUGUGCCAAAGCUUCACGAGCUCUCAGGCCGAAAACCUGGCUCCCGUGCUAGCGCAGCUAGGCCAUUGGCUCCGCUGGGACGCGUGGGAUUGGAGGCUGGGUGGCUUUUUCGACCUCGAUGGAGGAUCUAGUAACAACUGGGCCUAUGAAGCAUCAUCACUCAGUUCGAAGCUGCGGCUGCACUCUCAGCCAUGGGACUCACCUCCUUCCGCCCUGGAGUGGCUUGGGACUGUUGUAGGUUCUCGGCAGUAUGCUCCAUUCCCGACGCUCGCAAUGUUGAUUCGAAAGUCGAAGGCAUCUCCGCAUUCUUCCAUCAACAUAGAUGAGAUUAUAGCGGGCGUUACCCCUCGAACCGUGGCAUUACACAAGUUCUUCCGUGACAUUGAUCCCGCGUCAAGCCCUCGGAGGGUGGUUGAGCUAAUCAAGAACUGCGACAUCAGCACAGAGAUGUUGGCCACCUUACCAGAAGCAGCGAGAGCGCCACUCAUGGAAGCUAUAACACGAUGCCAGGCAAACCCACCCACAACCUGGUCAAGCUCUUUGUUGAAACUUGUUCAACGAGAAGACCUGGACUUGAGUUUGACCCCAAGCGGUGAUUUCGUACACGAUAGCCAUCUAAAUCCGAGUAGCAUAUUACAUUCGACCGGGGCAACACGCGAUGUCCACACCAUAUGCCAGGGUGCAGAUCGUGCAGAGCCUAUCCAGUCAACAGCCGAGGUCGAUCGCCACUAUAUCACAAGACUCGUAUUUCGUGAGGAUAGGCGCUUCAUGGAGGCUUACACGCUUCUGGAGCCUUUGCGGCAGACGGUUGCCGAGUAUAGGGCUGAUAGUAGGGCAGAUGAAGCAGCCAUCCUAGAAGGGCAGAAAAUCCUUAUGCAAUGGGUCAUGGUCCGCACGUUUUCACUCCCAGUCGGCAGUUCUAUGAUCAAGUUUAGCAGCAAGAAACCUCUCCUGACCGAGAAGUAUCCUCUGUAUGGCUUCUCGACAUCGUGUUUAAUGAAGCCGAUGGGCAAUGUUGUCACCGCCGAGCGCCAGAAUUACUCGGAAGAGAAGUACUUCUGGGCAUUUUUCAAUGCAGGUGUCGCUGCCGGUCUGAGUGUCUCGCGGGAUGCUCAGGGCAUUGAUACGUCCUGGAUCAUGUACAACAAGCCUUCGGAACUGACCAACAAACACGCUGGUCUUCUGCUAGGCCUUGGCUUGAAUGGGCAUCUGAGAACAAUUGCCAAGUGGCUGUCCUUCAAGUACCUUACGCCAAAGCAUACGAUGACCUCUGUGGGACUGCUCCUGGGACUUUCAGCUUCCUUUAUGGGGACUAUGGACACGCUGGUAACGCGGUUAUUAUCAGUGCAUGUCACUCGGAUGCUGCCGCCUGGGGCAGCUGAGCUCAAUCUCUCACCCUAUACACAGACUACAGGUUUGAUGGGUAUCGGUUUGCUGUAUUACAAUACUCAGCAUCGCCGGAUGAGCGAGGUGAUGCUCUCUGAGAUAGAGUAUGUCGAUGUACCAGAUCCCUCCGAGCCGCCAGACACCCUCCGCGACGAAGCUUACAGACUAGCUGCGGGCUUCGCCUUGGGCUUCAUCAACCUCGGAAAAGGCAAAGAUCUUCGAGGUCUGCACGACAUGCGAAUCGUCGAGCGCCUCAUGACAGUUGCAGUAUCCCCUAAACCAGUGGACGUGAUUCAUAUCCUCGACCAAGCCACCGCUGGAGCUGUUAUUGCCAUAACUCUCAUCUUUAUGAAAACACACGACCGAACCGUCGCCCGCAAGGUCGACAUCCCCGACACCCUUCCACAGUUCGAUUACGUGCGUCCCGACAUCUUCCUGCUCCGCACCCUCGCAAAGCACAUCAUCAUGUGGGAUGACAUUGAAGCAAAUGACGCGUGGAUCAUCGCUAACUUGCCUCGCGAAUACCGGAGCUCGUAUGAUCUCAAGCAUAUAACGAAGUUGCGCAGCGAGCAGAUGCCGUUUUUCAAUAUCCUCGCUGGCUUACUAUGGAGUGUUUCGCUGAAGCAUGCGGGGACGGGGGAUACGCAGGUCCGCGACUUCUUGAUCAAGUAUCUGGAUCAGUUGAUUCGCAUCAAUAAGCUUCCUGCUAUCCGCUACGAUUCCCGACUAUCUCGAAACACUGUGAGAAAUUGCCAGGAUCUCAUCGCUCUCGCCGCGGCAACGGUCAUGGCAGGCACAGGAGACCUCGAUGUUUUCCGGCGAUUGCGCGGUCUGCAUGGAAGGAUUGGGCCCGAUAUACCAUAUGGCUCCCAUCUCGCGGCGCACAUGGCAUUUGGGACCUUGUUCAUCGCAGGCGGAACACAAACGUUUAGUCGCUCCAACAAAGCCAUUGCGAGCUUGAUUUGCGCCUUCUACCCGCUCUUCCCGUCGGAUGUGCAAGAUUCGAGGGCGCAUCUUCAAGCAUUCCGACACUUCUGGGUCCUGGCAGCAGAGCCACGCUGUCUUGUGGUGCGUGAUGUUGACACAGGCCGUGCAAUCUCAAUGCCCGUCACGGUUCACCUCAAAGACACAGACGAAAAAAAGAAACUCGUAGCACCCUGCCUACUUCCCGAAGUCGGACUUAUAACCAGGAUCGAGACGACGGAUCAAACGUACUGGCCCACAACCCUCGACUUUGUCAACAACGCCCUCCACUUGAAGUCCUUUGACAAAAACCAAACCAUGCACGUAAGACGGAGAUCAGCCCACGAUACAUAUGCAACAGCGUUCAGCGCUACACUGGUGGCGCUCAAUGAUGCGCAGGCGUCUCGCACGUCGCAACUUUUAUUUCACUGGGUUUUUACGCUACCCUCACUCACCGAGUUCAUUUCCACGUCGGACGCUGGGCUCAUCUUACCACUGGAUCACCAUAGUAAGAGCUGGCUGGAUCCCGGCGCGACUGUGGUUGAAAGCAGACUUGUGCUGGGAAAACUAGCGAAGAGCUGGAAAGUGGAAGAGCUGCGAGAGUUGAAGGGCGUGUUUGAGUGGGCUGAGGGAGCGAGCAGGGGGGAUGGGCGACUGAGAUGGCUUGGGCGGGAGGUUGUAGAGAGGUUGAAGGCGGGGGUUUUGGAGAGGGGGCGGAUGAUAGGGGCUCGCUGA